AAUAAUAUGGCGUCUAUGAUUGUCGUGGAGGCUAUAGACAAACAACAUUUAGCGUUUCAGUUCAAAUAACACUUGUUUAUUGUCACCCAAAGACACAAAUGGGCAGUAUAUCUCGUCGAUAAUGUUAUUUCAUAUUUGAUGUCCCUGGUCUCUGUGUAACAUAAGCACUCCAUGUCCGAAGGACCUCGGGCUCCCUGGUCGAAGAGGGGUUGCGUGGAGUCGCAUCGCCGAGAGCAGGGCAAGUACAAGCAGAGGAAAUGUGAACGUCCCUUCACUGCAGUGAAGCCGACGGUUGGCCAGGAGGCCUCUAAAAGGUGCCUAAUGGCGGGGGAUGUGGAGGUGUACCUUUCCCAAGUGCAUGAAGGCAGCGUGUCCUCUGGCUUCCGAGCCUUGUAUGAGGAGCGACUGCUGCUUGAUGUCACUCUGCUCAUUGAGGAGCACCACUUCCAGGCACACAAGGCACUGCUAGCAACCCAGAGUGACUAUUUCCGUGUCAUGUUCACAGCUGACAUGCGGGAACGUGACCAGGAUAAGAUUCACAUGAAGGGAUUGACGGCAGCCGGGUUUGGUCACGUCCUUCGCUUCAUGUACUAUGGCUCCUUGGAGUUAAGCAUGCUCACAGUGCAAGAGAUCCUGCAGGCUGCCAUGUAUGUGCAACUCACUGAGGCUGUGGAGUUCUGCUGCUCUUUCCUGCUGGCCAAGAUCUGCUUGGAGAAUUGUGCUGAGGUCAUGCGGUUGCUUGAAGACUUUAGUGUUGGUGUAGAAGGUGUGCAGGAGCAGUUUGACGCUUUUUUGCUGGAGAACUUUGUUCCGCUGAUGGCACAACCAGACUUCCUGUCUUAUUUGAGUUUGGAGAAAUUGAUGGCGUACUUGGACAGUGACCAGCUAAGUCGAUUUCCAGAAAUUGAGCUGUAUGAGGCGGUACAGGCCUGGCUGAGACACGAUCGGCGACGCUGGAGACACACUGAUGCUGUAGUGCAGAACCUGCGGUUUUGCCUCAUGACACCAGCAAAUGUCUUUGAGAAGGUGAAGACAUCUGAGUUUUAUCGUUAUUCUCGCCAACUGAGGCUGGAAGUGGACCAAGCCCUCAGCUACUUUCAUCAGGUGAAUGAACAACCACUGGCUGAAACCAAGUCCAAUCGUAUAAGAUCAGUGAGAUCCCAGACUGCUGUAUUCCGUGGAAUGAUUGGCCACAGCAUGGUCAAUAGUAAGAUCCUCCUUUUGCAUCGGCCCAAGGUGUGGUGGGAACUGGAGGGCCCGCAAGUUCCGCUUCGCCCCGAUUGUCUUGCCAUUGUGAAAAAUUUUGCCUUCCUGUUGGGUGGUGAAGAGUUGGGUCCGGAUGGAGAGUUUCAUGCUUCUUCGAAGGUUUACCGUUAUGAUCCCAGACAGAACUCUUGGCUUCGUAUGGCUGACAUGUCUGUGCCAAGAUCAGAAUUUGCUGUCGGUGUCAUUGGGAAGUAUAUUUACGCUGUCGCAGGCCGCACUCGUGAUGAGACGUUCUAUUCUACGGAGCGUUAUGACAUAGUUGAGGACAAGUGGGAGUUCGUAGAUCCAUACCCCGUUAAUAAGUAUGGGCAUGAAGGCACGGUGCUUAAUGGGAAGCUGUAUAUCACUGGUGGUAUCACCUCAUCUUCCACCUCAAAACAAGUAUGUGUCUUCGAUCCCGGGCGGGAAGGAACUUCCGACCACCGCACACGCCGUAUGCCCAUCCUCACCAACUGUUGGGAGAACAAGUCAAAGAUGAACUAUGCUCGUUGCUUCCAUAAAAUGAUCUCCUACAAUGGGAAGCUGUAUGUGUUUGGUGGGGUUUGUGUGAUACUGCGUGCCUCGUUUGAGUCCCAGGGCUGCCCUUCAACAGAGGUGUACGACCCAGAGACCGAUGAAUGGACUAUUCUUGCCUCUAUGCCUAUUGGACGCAGUGGGCAUGGAGUGGCAGUGUUGGACAAACAGAUCAUGGUGCUUGGAGGACUUUGUUACAACGGUCACUACAGCGACUCUAUCCUCACCUUUGAUCCAGAGGAGAAUAAGUGGAAAGAGGACGAGUAUCCUAGAAUGCCUUGCAAACUGGAUGGGCUACAAGUGUGUAGUUUGCACUUCCCAGAAUAUGUUCUGGAACAUGUGAGACGCUGCAGCUGAGGCUCUUUUUGUAACUUCUGGACAGUUUAGGAGAAAACGUUUACAGGUGUGAAAACUAAUACUAAUGAAGCUUUUAAACUGUAGGCCAGUGCUUUAUUUAAGAAAAAAAAAAUCAUUUUUAGGCUUUCAUUGUAGUAAGGAAGGUUUGUUAUUUGGUCAAAGCUGUUGGUCAAUUUUCAGAACUGGCUCUCUCAUGAGAACAAAUAAAUACAAACCUUUUUGGUCAUAAAUUUUGCACUGUAAUCAUUACCCUGUAGAGCACAUAAUAUUUAUCAUGUUUCACUUCAUUGUCUUCUGAGAUGUUCUACUGUAUCCCUUCAUUCUGUUCACAAGUGUUUUAGAGGAAGUCAUGUUUGAUGCGUACAUAUUCCACAACAUAAAUCUAAGUAGUCUGCUGCAUAAAGGAGCUAAAAAAAACGAGACAGAAUAAAGUAGAAGUUUUACAAUUCAAGAAAAAUAUUUAAAAAUCCCUCUUUCUUUAACAUUUACUAAUCUAAGAAUGCAUUUGUGCUGAUACUAGUGAAGUUGUAGUGGAUUUUGAUUUAUAAUGACUAUGAUUGUAAAGAUUUUAAUUAUAAUGAUGUUGAGAAGCAUUGCACUCAUACUAGGGCGUAUAUUACUGCUCCACAAAAUCGCUCGUCCCACCAUUGGUGACUGCUAUGAGAGAAUGGGAAGGGCAUAGAUUAGUGGACAUACUCAAACCUUUAGUGGUUGUGCUUAUUACUCCUUUUUUUUUUCUCUUUUUUUAUUAUUAUUGUUAUUUAUUAAAAUGGCAGAGUCUUGCCAUGAUCCAAUCAGUGUUAUGUAAUGAGCUACUUUUGUAGGUAUUUCUCUCACUCUCAUUGAUUCAUGAGCAAAAGGGCUAAAAUACAUUUGCAUAUUGUUUAAUGUCUACUUUAUAACAGCACUUCUAAGAUAUGUUGUACUGAGGCUUAUUCCACCCUGUAUUAAAAUAAAUUGGGCUAUGGUUAAGCCUGAGCUUUGAUGGUGUUUGGCACCAUGUAACUUAAUGUUACGCUUCAUGUCUUUCUCCUCUACCCUACAUGGAUGCCAUGUGUUACUACAGAGUUCCUGAUUGAUUUGUACUUCCUCAGACACUAAUUUAUAUGACCUUUUGUCUCUGUCUUGUUUUUCUCAUCCAAAAUUAAUGUUAACGUCAUGUACAUAUAGAUACCAAACUGGGGUCUGUGAGGGUCAAGCUGUAAUAAUCUUAAUGCGCAGAUUUGCCAGAAGUAGAUUUUAAACUUGUCUUGUUAUCCUUUAGCAGAUUAACAGGCAAUUAUUCCACUAUAAUAAUCCAUAGCCCUGUAUGUUGUACUCCACACCGAUAUUGUACUUGAGAGGAAUAUAAUCAGAUUGCUAAUGUGUUUACCAUAAUCUGAUGGUUCAUUGGUAUUUGGAAACUUUGUAACUGAUUUACAGAAAUAAAUGUUCUUAC